AUGGUCGGCCACCCCUCCUCGCCCGUUUUCUCCUCAAAUACACCACACUAGCCCGCUCCCCUCUUUGGCCAUUACCCAGAGCUCGCAGCUAGAUAGAUCCAUCCACCAUUUCUCAAAAUAGAAAAAGAAAAAAGAAGAUAGAUCCAUCCACCAUGGCCAGCAGCAAGACAUUGCUCCUCGUCCUGUGCGCGGCGGCUGCGGCUGCGAUGCUGAGCCCGGCUUCCGCGGCGGACGACCUGACCAAGUUCAAGGUGUACUUCCACGACGUGCUAGCGGGGAAGAGCCCGACGGCGAUCCGGAUUGCUCAGGCCGCGUCCACCAACAGCUCCUCCACCUUCUUCGGCGCGGUGGUGGCCAUCGACGACCCGCUCACCACUACCCCCGCCGUCACGGGCUCCGCCAAAUCCAAGGACGAGGUGGGCCGCGCGCAGGGGAGUUACACGUUCGCCGACCAGGCCACCUUCGGGCUCCUCAUGAACAUGAACUUCGUGUUCACCGCCGGGGACUACAAGGGCAGCAGCCUGACCAUCUACGGCCGCAACGAGGUGCUUUCGGCGGUGAGGGAGAUGAGCAUCAUCGGGGGCACGGGCAAGUUCCGCAUGGCUCGCGGCUACGUCCAGGCGAGCACCGUGGACUCCGGUGCCAAGUCCGGCGAGACCGUCGUCGAGUACACUGUCUACGUCAAGGCUGCGGCGGCGUAGCGGCGGCUGCCUGACGGAAAAUAUUGUAGUUUUGCUUGGAAUAAGUGGACUUUUGCAGAUUUGUUGCGUUUGUUAUCGUGAUGGAUGAUGUGCAUUUACGGA